AUGAACCCCGAAUACGACUAUCUGUUCAAGCUUCUCCUUAUUGGAGACUCCGGUGUCGGAAAGUCCUGUUUGCUGCUUCGAUUCGCCGAUGACACCUACACAGAAAGCUAUAUCUCCACCAUCGGUGUCGACUUCAAAAUCCGGACUAUCGAACUGGAUGGAAAGACUGUGAAGCUCCAAAUUUGGGAUACUGCUGGCCAGGAGCGCUUCCGCACCAUCACUUCGUCCUACUACCGUGGUGCCCACGGUAUCUGUGUUGUUUAUGAUGUGACCGACAUGGAUUCGUUCAACAACGUGAAGCAGUGGCUGCAGGAGAUCGAUCGCUAUGCUACUGAGGGCGUCAACAAGCUGCUUGUUGGCAACAAGAGCGAUAUGGAGGACAAGAAGGUCGUGGAGUACACAGUGGCAAAGGAAUUCGCUGAUAGCCUUGGAAUUCCCUUCUUGGAGACGUCUGCCAAGAAUGCCUCGAACGUGGAGCAGGCCUUCUUGACGAUGGCAAGACAGAUCAAGGAACGCAUGGGCACUGCUACCGUCAACAACAAGCCGACUGUGCAAGUCGGACAGGGUCAAGGUGUUCAGUCCGGGUCUGCAGGCGGAUGCUGCUAA